CGGUGUGGGCAGCGUCCGCCGCGGCGGCCCUCCUGAGAGGGCGACGGACAGCCAAGACCCUCCCCGCGCCCGACCGCGUCCUCGUCCUCGUCCCCUCCCGGUCCCCGCCCUGGGGGCGGGCCUGCCGCCUGGAGAGGGAUGCGGGUAAGGUGCGUCCCUGUCCGCUCCUUGGCUCGCAGCGCCGGAGAACCAGACGCAUCGCUGUCGGGACUCGUCCAGAACAAGGUAAAUAACCAUUUUGGGCUGGUUAACAUUGCUCCUGCCACACCCCUGCUGCUUGCUCGGAAUCUUCCGCACACAGCGCCAGGCACUGCAUUGGGUACCAGCUGAAGAUGUGUGUCUAAAAUGCAAGCUCAGCUGAGCAGGAACCUUAGGACGGCCUUGCCCUGCCCUCUAAAACUGGAUCAUGAAGGUGCUGGGAAGAAAUUACUUCUGGGUGUUGCUUCCACUGCUUCGCUUGAUGGCAGAUGCUGCGGAACAUGAAGAGGUGGCAAAACAUGCCAUCAAAUUGCACCGAGGGAAAGGGGCGGCCAUCACUCAGAGGAAGCAGUGGGUCCUCGAUGGUUGCAGGAAGCUCUCCGGGCUUCUUCGCCAAAAGACUGUGGUUCUUAACAAACUGAAAAGUGCAAUCAGAGCAGUAGAAAAAGACGUUAGCCUGUCAGAUGAAGAGAAGCUGUUUCAGGUGCAUACGUUUGAAAUUUUCCAAAAAGAGCUGAAUGAAAGUGAAAAUUCAGUGUUCCAGGCCAUCUAUGGACUGCAGAGAGCCCUGCAAGGAGAUUACAGAGAUGUUGUGAACAUGAAGGAGAGCAGCAGGCAGCGCCUGGAGGCACUGAGAGAGGCUGCGAUUAAGGAAGAGACAGAAUAUGUAGAACUUCUGGCAGCAGAAAAACACCAAGUUGAAGCCCUCAAAAAUAUGCAACAUCAAAACAAAAGUUUAUCCAUGCUCGAUGAAAUUCUUGAAGAUGUGAGAAAGGCAGCCGAUCGCCUAGAGGAAGAGAUGGAAGAACAUGCUUUUGAUGACAAUAAAUCAGUGAAAGGGGUCAAUUUUGAGGCAGUUCUCAGAGUGGAGGAAGAAGACGCCAAUUCCAAACAAAACCUCACAAAGCGGGAAGCAGAGGAUGAUUUGGGUCUUAGCAUGCUGAUUGACUCCCAGAACAACCGCUAUAUCUUGACCAAGCCCAGAGACGCGACAAUUCCACGUGCAGAUCGCCACUUCCUAAAGGACAUUGUUACCAUAGGAAUGCUGUCUUUACCUUGUGGCUGGCUGUGCACGACGAUAGGGUUGCCCACAAUGUUUGGUUAUAUUGUCUGUGGUGUACUUCUGGGGCCUUCAGGACUGAACAGUAUUAAGUCUGUUGUGCAGGUGGAAACCUUAGGAGAGGUUGGCGUGUUCUUUACUCUGUUUCUUGUUGGCCUAGAGUUCUCUCCAGAAAGGCUGAGAAAGGUCUGGAAGAUAGCCUUACAAGGACCGUGUUACAUGACACUAUUAAUGAUCGCAUUUGGCUUGUUAUGGGGACACCUUUUACAGAUCAGACCCACUCAGAGCGUCUUUAUUUCUACGUGCCUGUCCUUAUCAAGCACACCCUUAGUGUCCAGAUUCCUCGUGGGCAGUGCCCGGGGUGAAAAAGAAGCAGGUGACGUCGACUACAGCGCGGUGCUGCUUGGGAUGCUCGUAGUGCAGGACGUGCAGCUGGGCCUGUUCAUAGCCGGCCUGCCCACCCUCAUCCAGGCUGGGACCGGCGCCUACUCCAGCAUUGUCAUGGAGACUCUGCGGAUACUGGCUUUGGUGGGUCAGAUUCUUUUCUCGCUGGCCGCGGCUUUUCUCCUGUGUCUCGUUAUAAAGACUUACCUCAUUGGACCGUAUUAUCGAAAACUGCAUAUGGAGAGCAAAGGGAACAAAGAAAUCCUUAUCGUAGGAAUCUCUGCUUUCAUCUUUUUAAUGUUAACGGUCACGGAGCUGUUGGAUGUGUCCAUGGAGCUGGGCUGCUUCCUGGCCGGAGCGCUUAUCUCUUCCCAGGGCCACAUGGUCACCGAGGAGAUCGUGUCUUACAUCGAGCCCAUCCGUGACUUCCUGGUUAUCAUUUUCUUCGCCUCCAUAGGCCUCCACGUGUUCCCCACUUUCGUGGCGUACGAGCUCACUGUCCUGAUGGUCCUCACGCUGUCGGUGGUGAUCAUGAAGUUUGCCCUGGCCGCCCUGGUCUUGUCUGUCCUCCUGCCGAAGAGCAGCCAGUACAUCAAGUGGAUUGUGGCUGCGGGGCUGGCACAGGUCAGCGAGUUCUCUUUUGUCCUGGGGAGCAGAGCACGCAGAGCUGGGAUCAUUUCUCGGGAGGUGUACCUCCUAAUCCUGAGUGUGACCACCCUCAGUCUUUUACUGGCCCCAGUUCUGUGGAAAGCCGCAAUCACAAGGUGUGUGCCUCGGCCAGAGAGACGGUCAAGUCUUUGAGGCACCAAGAGGGUACACAGCUUCGGGAGCUGACCCCCGUGUGGAACCGGACACUUGGGACACGUCCAGGACUGCAUGUCCCUGUGAGCCCCUUGCCUCGGGGACAGAGCGCUCCAUUGGAGGGGGCUUCCUGUCUGCCCAGUGUGACAACUAUUACUGCUAUGGUUUUGAGACUUCCAGACUAAUUUGUUACAUUCAGUUGAUCAUGCACAGUAUAUAAUACACGCUGCACCUUAUGGAUCACCUUGACUGUUCUGCCUGGAUGUGCCUUUUUUCCUGAAGUUAAUGUUAACUUUCUAUUGUCAAUUCAUCAGUUCAUGAUUUUUUGCUAAAAAAAAAAAAAAAAAAAAAAAAAAAAAAAAAUCAGAAGGGUUUUUAUUUAUUUAGCUUUUGUGUCAUAAUCUCUUGGUCAUUAUUCAUGAUUAAACAUUUCUGUGAUGUGCAAUUUUAAUUCUAGCAGUGAGUUUGGAAAGUAAGUUUAAUCCUUACUGCCUGUGUUUUCUAAAAUGACAAAUACCUUCUAAAUGUCUAUUUGUUUUUAUUACAAUAAUUUUAAAUAAAACACUCAUGUCAUUUUUUAAAUUAGGUAUAUCAUUCUUUUAAAAUAAUUGUUUUGAAAAAAGUAUUUGUUUUGAAUCACAAGAAUAUGCAUGCUUUAAUAAAGAUUAUUUAUGAUCAGAGUAA